AACAACAUUUGGCGGUUGUGUUUCCAGUGCUGCUGCAGGUUUAUCGUCACUGUUUUGUGCUUGCAUGUUUGUGAAACAUGGCGUGUUUCUUCAGGAGAAGAAUAGCAGCAAAGCUGGCCCGGACGCUGCAGCAGUCUGAGGACUUCUUCAUACCAGCUCUGUCAGCUGUUCCAGUUUUAAAGAAACAGCAGACUGCUGACUUUAAAUUGUACAUCAGCACAUUACGGGUCAGAGGGAUUUUACCAUCCAGUGGUGACAUUCAGCUGCAGACAGAAGACUUGGUCAAAAGGUUGAAACAGGACAGUGUGGUGGAGGACAUAUCUGCUGGAAAUGGAGUGAUCAACUUUAAAGUGAAUCGCGAACUUCUCGUCCAGAAAAUGUUGGAGCCGUUUGGAAAAGAGGAGGAUGAGAAAUUUGGAUUAAAUAGUGAACUUUUAAAUACUCUGAAGAGAGGAACAACAUUAGUUGAAUACAGCUCUCCAAAUAUUGCCAAAAAAUUCCAUGCCGGACACUUAAGAUCUACAAUUAUUGGUAACUUCAUUGCGAACUUAAAGCAGUCCCUUGGAAACAGUGUCAUUCGAAUGAACUACCUCGGAGACUGGGGUAUGCAGUUUGGUUUGCUGGGAGCUGGUUUUGGCCAGUUUGGAUGUCGAGAGAAACUAAAACAGAAUCCGUUACAGCAUUUGUUUGAGGUUUAUGUUCAAGUAAACAAAGAAGCUGAGCACAGUGAGGACAUGAGACAAGCUGCCAGAGACUUCUUUAGACAGCUGGAGCAGCAUGAGAGCGAGGCUGUGUCGUUAUGGCAACAGUUCAGACAGAUCACAGUGAACGAGUAUCAACAAGUUUACAAGCGGUUAGGGAUCCAUUUUGAUGUUUACUCCGGGGAGUCUUUCCACCAAGAUCAAGCCCAGGAGGCGGUGCAGCAGCUGCGGAGCCAAGGCCUGUUGAAAACCUCUGAGAAGGGAACAGGUGUAGUGGAUCUCUCCCCCGCUGGAGACAUGAGCAGCGUCUGCACCGUGCUGCGCAGUGACGGCACGACUCUCUACAUCACCAGAGAUCUUGCUGCAGCAAUUGACCGAAAAGAAAAAUACAAUUUUGAUGAGAUGAUUUAUGUGACAGAUUCGAGUCAAGCGAAUCACUUCCACCAGUUGUUCCACAUCCUGCUCGCUAUGGGACACUCCUGGGCCGACAGGUGUCAGCAUGUGCCGUUCGGCCGGGUGCGGGGGAUGAAGACCCGGAGCGGUGAGGUGGUGUUUCUUGAGGACGUGCUAGAUGAAGCUCGUGCCAGGAUGCUCCACAACAUGAGCCAAGCAAAAACCACAAAGGAAAUGGACGACCCAGAGGACACAGCACAAAAAGUGGGGAUCAGUGCACUAAUAGUCCAGGACUUUAAAGGUCCCCUGCAGUCAGACUACACAUUUGACUGGGACAGGAUGUUGCAGGCUCAAGGAGACACAGGAGUUUUCCUUCAGUACACACACGCUCGACUCUGCAGUUUGAUAAGGAUGAAUGAGGGUGUGGAUGCAGCUGUGUCUGAUCCGUCUCUCCUGCUCGAGCAGACGAGUAUAACCAUCCUGCAGCACCUCCUUCGCUACGAUGAGGUAUUGUACCAGUCGGCCCAGGAUCUGCAGCCCAAACACCUCCUAAACUUUCUAUUGAAGCUGUGCCACCUGAUCGCCUCGGCACAUAAAGAGCUGCCGGUGAAAGGAAGCCCUCAGGAUGUUGCACAGGCAAGGUUACGACUGUUCAGCGGAGCCUGCUCAGUCCUGGCCAACGGGAUGAGGAUCCUGGGAAUCACACCGGUUGAUAAAAUGUGAAACUCCCCAAAGUUUGUAACUUCUUCAUCAGUAUUUAUUUAACUACUGUAGGUACCAUACUGCCGUGGGUAAAUUAUCAUAUAAAUAAAAAGCCAUACAAUUUCAAAAUACAAUCAUCUUCCUUAACUGAAGACAUUUCCUGCUACUGUUUUAGGCAUUUUUCACUCAUUCAGAUUGUCAACAAAGCAAGUUAAUCCGCCGUGAGUCACUUGUUUUUUUCUUUUAACUAUUGUUGACAUGUCAGCCCAGAGCUGAGUGAUGUAACUCAACUGCUAUUAUACUCACAACUUACCUUAAUGCAGUUGGAUAACUGGUGAUGAUGCCAAGCACAUGAGUAUGGUUGGACUGGUUGAACUGGUUCAGCUAACUUUCACCCAGAAACCGAUGUAGCGUCUCACUUUAACUUUACAACUAGAACAAAACAAAAUAUUGA